AUGGGAACCUGGAUAUUUGUUUGUUCACUUAGUAUUCUUGAUGUCUUGUACUGUGUACUGACCGAAUCUCCGGAAGCACUGAACAUGAUCAAUGAAGGCCAUAUUAAAUCAGUGAUAUCACUUCUGGAGAAAGUCGGACGUGAUCCUAAAGUAUUAGAUGUGCUGUCAUCGCUAUGCGAAGGUAACGGAAUGGCUGUUCGGAGUAGUCAGAAUACAAUAACGAGACAUUUACUGCCUGGAAAGGAUCUGCUGCUGCAAACCAAAAUGAGAGACCAUGUUAGCAGGUAUAUUGUGACAUGCAUUCACGAAAAAAACUUCUAUGUUGUUCUCAUAAAUCGUUAUUACCUACUAUGCUUUGGAUUUCAUUUGAUGAUAGCCAUCUUCAUUAUGUUUGGACACAAUCGGAUCUUCGAAACUAGCCCAAAUGACCGAUUACUUCCCAAGUAA